UGGUCAAAAUGUCAUCACGGCCAAAAAAACCAAAUAUAUUAUGGUUAAUAUUACUCUUGCAACUAAAAAACAAAUUAUUGAGGCCUCAGCAACUGGAUUACAAAGAAAAGGCAAAAUUUUUAAAAAAAUUGAAAAAAAGGAUAAAUCAAAAAAAGUUUCUAGUCGACCUGUUAAAUAUGAAAAAAUUGAAGCUGCUUUGCGUAGUUGGAUUAAAUCUUUGAAAAAACUGGAAAUUCCACUGACUGGCCCACUUUUAAAGGAAAAGGCAAAAGAUCUAGCUCAAGAAUUCAACAUUAAAGACUUCAAAGCCUCUAAUGGGUGGUUAUGCGGAUUUCAAGAACGAUAUUCUAUUUCUUUAAAAAAUUUCUAUAGAAAACAACCUAUGGAAUUGGGUGAAGUAGAAGAAUUAUUAAAUGCUGAAAUGUGUUGUUCUGAGGACGAAUUGGUAAUAGUCGGGUUUGUGUGACCCCUUUUUCUCAUUUUUUUAUUUCGAAUCCCGGAGAGGAAUUUAAAUCUCUCUUCGAGCUCGAAUUCUG